AUGCACGUGGACCAUGAAGAACCUCUCAUUGUCGCCGCCGAAAAGCCGCGCUGGUUCAAGAGCCCGCUAGCGUCUGACAGGCUUCGGCGACCAUCGGAAGCACAACCGCACCAAGACGACUCGUUCAAAGACUCCUUGUGCGUCGCGUCGGACGAUCAAGGCAGCCACAAUGGCUAUCCUCCUUUCAAGCGAUACGAGGAGCCAACCCUGCUGGAAAUCUUCUACGACUUGUUCUUUGCGGCAAACUACAACGUCUUUGCGCAGAGCCAGUCAGUCACCAAUCACCGACGGUUCAAAGCCUAUGUAGGCUACUUUAGCUUGCUCUGGGGCACCUGGUUCGUCGUCACGCUGUAUGAUGUGCGCUACGUCACGGAUAGCAUCUUUGAGCGGGUGGCGCGAGCCGUCCAGCUCGGCGUCCUUGUCGGCUUCACCGUUGUUGCGCCCAACUUUGACCCGGAGGACCAGGAUGAAGGAACCAUGAUGACAAUGUCGCUCAUAUUAUUCGUCUCGCGGAUCUGCCUCGCCAUUGAAUACGCACACACGCUGGCGCAGAUUUACAAGUACAAGCGCGCACGACGGCCGCUGUACCUUCAAAUCGCCAUCAACGUCACCAGCGCGGCCGUGUACAUGGGAAUCACAUUCCGCUUUAAGGGAAAGCAAAGCCGCGUCUACAUUACAUGGUACAUCUUUACCGCGGCAGAAGCCAUACUCAGUCUUGUCAUCUCCAACUACUGGAAGACGCUGAGCUUCACGCGCACGCACCUGAUGAAGCGCCUCAGCCUCAUCACCGUCAUGAUUCUCGGCGAGAGCAUCCAGACCGUGUCGCAGAACAUUGCGACCAUUGUCAAGACGCCCGAAGCAUGGAAUCCCUACACCAUCGGCAUGAUCACGUCCGCCACAGCCACCAUCUACUGCGUGUUUCUCGUCUACUUUGAUUGGAUGCGCCACCUUCAGCUGCCCGCCCUGCGACAGCAGAUAUGGACAGCACUGCACUACCCGUUCCACCUGUGCUUGGUCAUGUUCAUGCAGGGCUUCACGCAGCUCAUCCUCUUUGUCAAGGCGUUCAAUGUCUUCGCCGUCAUCACCAAUACCUGGCUGCCCGACGAUGAUGCCGCCGACGAUCCGCUCCAGACCUACAACGAGACGAGCCGCUCCAUCGCCGACGAGCUGACCAACGCGACGACGGAGAUUUUUAACCUCUACCCGCCCAAGGACGCGGUGGCGCGCGCCGUCGUCGACCACUCCAUUUCCAACAUCUCCACGAUCCCGGACCGGACCUGGCCGGACCUGGAAGCCUGGCUGGCGCAGAACAACUCGUCCCUCGAACUAGACGAUGCCACUCUAAACGGCUUCUCUAUUCUUGUGGAGCAGCUCAGGGUCAUCAUCUCGACGGUGGCCAACAGCAUCUUUACGUCAUUCGACAUUGACGUUAGCACGGAUAUCAGCCUAAAACACCCUGGCGACAGUAACCCUUUCAAACUAGCUGAGAACCAAGUCACCAUUAGCGAGAAGACGCGGCAGCGCUCUCGCCUCGUUUUUGCGUACACCUACAUUGCCUGCGGCUGCACGCUCAUCCUCCUCGUCAUCAUGGCGCUCGUCUCGCGCAUGUCGCCGCUCGGUCGGCUCCCGCGCAUGCGCUUCAUCAUCUGCACCCUGCUCGGCAUCGGCAUCGCCGUGACCGCGGUGCUCUUCUUCGCCCCCGACAAGACGGACAUUUUUCUCGACAGCCCCUGGUCCAUACCGACGAUCCUCUUUGGCUGGCUCGUCGUCACGAUCCUCGUCCACGUGCGCGGCAGUAGCAGCAGCAGCAGCAGCGGGUCUGCCGGCCGAAGCCGCCGGUCGCUGCUCGACACGGCGCGCAACGUGGUGAGCUUGUUUCGGCCGCGGCGCGCGGGGAGGGGGAGGAAGAAUGGGGACGAGGACGCCCCGCGAGACGACGGCGACAGCCAGCAGGUGGUGCUGAGGUUCUGGCCGCCGACACGGGAGAAUACUGGCCUCUCGGCUGCAGAAACCCUGCAAGGCGCUGGCGGUACGUCCCGGGGCCCCCGGCGGGUGUCAUUUCGGGAUGUAUCACCCAAGGCUGUGCCUCGUCCAGCUUCGCCAGACUCAAUACGAGGAUACGCAGAAAAUGACCAUCGCAGAGCGGACGCUGGCUACCACGUCUAA